AUGUUUGAGAGCCCGCGGUCUGGCGCGGUAGUGACCUGCGACCAGCCCAGCGGAGCCUCCAACGAAAUUGACGAUCAGAACGAAACAAGCUUGAACCAGUUCAAGUUUGUCACCCAAAUGCUCAUCGACAACCAAACCGUGCACUACCGUGCGUCCAAUCAAGCCAAGUUGGAAAAACGGCGCCUACGCGCUGAACGAGAUUCUGAGAAGGAGCUGGAACGGGAACGCAAGAAGAAGCGUUCCACAGGUGGAACUGAUAAUGAAAAAGAGUCCAAUAAGAGAGCCCUACAGCAUCAGUUGUGGCAGCAACAGAAUUCCCACGUAAACCACACCGAAAUGUGCAUGGCCUGCACGCCGGAGGAAUUCCUUUCACGACAACCCUCGCCACUCUCCAGGACACCUUCCAGACCACCGUCCGGGCCACGCCUGCCCCCUAGAAUACCUGCCGUCAGCAUGCCUGAUCUGUCGAAGCGAGCCUUAUCAGGCUUGGGCAUGAACAACCGCUCUGUACAGCCCGAUGUUCAGUCAUUAAAGUCCAGGAUCAGCCGGAAGCGUGCUGUGUGCCAAGAGGCUACCACAAACCGCCCAGUUCUAUCCUAUCCGCCAUCUGUCAGCAGCGAACUAUCGUCACGUCCCUGCUGCAAGAGGAACUCCAGCUGCAAUAACAAAAAAACAGAUAAUUCUGUCGAUAUCUGGCCAUGA